AGAUUUGCAAAUCGUUGCAGUUCACUGUCUGAUCCAUAUUCUUCUUCCUACCCAAUUGGCAGAAAGGCGCGUCUAGGACAAGGGAAGACAUAGAAUGGCAGAGAUGGUGGGAUCAGCGGUUGUGCAGGAGGUUGUUAGUGGAGCCUUCUCAUUCAUGCGCAAUACCCAUGAGGAGAUGGUCUCCCAGAGUCACCUCAUCGAGAGACUGAAGUGGGCGCAUUUGGAACUCGAGUUUGCGUUGGAGAGAACACAGAGGAUGCCCAUGAUAGAGGUGUCUUUGCUGAAAAUGAGGAUGAUGAUCAAGCAGGCCUUUGAGGAGAGCCGUGAUUUACUCUACAAGCAGCAAACACUGCCGGUUAAUCUUGAAGAAGGAGGCACAGAGCAAGGGGUAACACUCGCCCCCUCUUUACCUAACAGGAUUAUGCAUGCUGUCAAGCCUUUCUUUGGCACUGAAAAGGGCUCAAUCAGCGGAUCCUGUGUUAGAAGAUUUGAGAUGUUUGCGCAGAAGACCGACAAGUUUGUCAGAGACGUAGAGUCUGGCUGUUCCCUUGCUCCCUAUAGGUUCUCCUAUCCUAUCAUCGCACAACUUCUUGAAGGCAAAUAUCUGCGCCAUGAAAUGGUAAGCGGAAGCCAAACCCGUAGGAUUUCAAUAUUUGCAUGUUGUCUCGAAGAUUAUGGUGUAGUGGGAAUUGUAAAUUUAGAUUUCCAAGAUCUCAAGACACCAACAAAAUGUUUUCGCCUAAGUUUGAUGCUACGGCUAUCAGAAAGCACGGACAUAGUUGGGAUUUCCACUAAAUGUUUGCAGUCACUUGGGCCACAGUUCAAAUCUCUGGCUGAUGUUGCAUCUGGAGAACUCACUGGAAUAUCCACACAAGUCAGUAUGAUUACACCGGGACCAGCUUUUCGGGAGUUUGUGUUCAACAUGAUUAACAAUGCCAUUAGAAGUUUCCGUCAAGAACCAUUAUGCUGCAUAGGCGACGGGUUUCAGGCUUCUGCUAAGAACAUGCUCUCGUCCCAAUUAACAGAGGGCUUUCCAGAACAAGUUAGCUAUUUGAGGUUUGACUGCUUUAUUUCAGCCGCUGAGUACAGCUCGCAGACCUCAACCGUUGAAAGGAACAGAAACACCAUAAAGGCCUGGCCAGUUCCACAACUGUCAGUUACCUUCCGACCUCAUGACUUGUCUCCAACGGUGGAUGGAAAAGGUUGUACUUACGUAUUGACAGCCGGGGGAGAAUACCGCGGGCCUUUAAAUUUCUUAUUAGAACUUUCAGAGGUGGCAGAGUUUGUACCAUUGCUAGCAGUUAAUUUUUUCAAUCUUGAACCUGAGCGGACAGAAUUUGUGAUGAUCUGGUGCUCGGCACAUGGUAAUGCAACGUUUACUGUUUCGAAGCCAAUCACUGAAGUAAAACGUGCGCCCAAAGUAGGCGACGGGUCCAAGACCAGGAGAGUAUCUAAGAGAAAGCGGUAG